GGGGAGACCAUUUGCACCACGGCUUCUACGACAAGCAGCCCGCCGGCGUCUCCCUCUCCGACCACCGCGCCGCUCAGAUCCGCAUGGUCGAAGAGGCCCUCCGAUUUGCCUCCGUUUCCGAGGAUGCAGAGAAGAAACCAAAGAAGAUAGUAGAUGUUGGAUGUGGUAUUGGUGGAAGUUCAAGGUUCCUAGCCACCAAAUUUUCUGCAACGUGUCAAGGAAUCACUCUUAGCCCAUACCAAGCCCAAAGGGCUGAAUCUCUAGCUGCUGCUCACGGACUCAGUGAUCAGGUUUCUUUCCAAGUGGCGGAUGCGUUGAAUCAGCCGUUCCCGGAUGGAGAGUUCGAUCUUGUUUGGUCCAUGGAGAGUGGUGAGCACAUGCCUGACAAAGCCAAGUUUGUUUCGGAAUUGGCCCGAGUGGCAGCCCCCGGUGGGAGAAUUAUAUUAGUGACAUGGUGUCAUAGGGAUCUUUCCCCUACAGAAGAGUGUCUGCUUCCUGAAGAGAAAGAGUUGCUCAAAAAGAUAUGCAAUGCCUUUUAUCUCCCUGCAUGGUGCUCCACUGUUGAUUAUGUCAAGUUACUUCAAUCCCACUCUCUUCAGGAUAUAAAGGCCUCAGAUUGGUCUGAAAAUGUUGCUCCUUUCUGGCCAGCAGUAAUCAAAUCGGCAUUUACUUGGAAAGGAAUUACCUCACUUUUAAGGAGUGGAUGGAAAACAAUAAAGGGAGCUAUGGCAAUGCCGUUGAUGAUUGAAGGGUACAAGAAAGGUCUCAUCAAAUUUGCUAUCAUUACCUGUCGAAAGUCGGAGGAAUAAGCAAAUAUUGUGGUGUUGGUACAAGAAAGGUCUCAUCAAAUAUGAAUGUAUGCAUUCAUUUCCCAAAAUUAUCGCCCAGGGAUGAACGAGACGAGGUUGGUCUUGAUGAUCUAGUUUGCGUAAUUACAACUGUUUUAGUACUCAAGUAUUGUUUAAUAACCAUGGCUUUGUGACGAUGGAAUUCUAAUUCCAGUUUUAGUAAUUUCAGUAAUUUUUUGUAUCAUGCAUAACUGUUUUCUAUGUUUCAUUCACGCGAAAAAUUGAUUGAUAAUGUGCAACAGUCUUAUAAUGUUGCUAGUUUUCUACACAUAGUACUUUCUGGUUAUUA